CCUGGGGAAAUCUGGUUUGCGUGUCUCCUGUCUGGGCCUCGGGACAUGGGUAACAUUUGGAGGUCAGAUCUCUGAUGAGGUGGCAGAGCAGCUGAUGACCAUCGCCUAUGAGAGUGGGGUCAACCUGUUCGAUACGGCCGAGGUCUACUCUGGGGGAAAAGCAGAGAUAAUCUUGGGGAACAUCAUCAAGAAAAAGUGCUGGAGAAGAUCCAGUCUUGUGAUCACCACAAAGCUCUACUGGGGAGGAAAAGCUGAGACAGAGAGAGGCCUUAACCGAAAACACAUAAUUGAAGGUUUAAAAGGUUCCCUCCAGAGAAUGCAGUUGGAUUAUGUAGAUGUGGUCUUUGCCAACCGGACAGACAGCAAUACUCCAAUGGAGGAAAUUGUGCGAGCAAUGACUCAUGUGAUAAACCAAGGCAUGUCCAUGUACUGGGGUACAUCUCGCUGGUCUGCCAUGGAGAUCAUGGAGGCCUAUUCUGUGGCCAGACAGUUUAAUCUUAUUCCGCCAGUCUGCGAGCAGGCCGAGUAUCAUUUUUUCCAGAGGGAGAAGGUAGAAACUCAGCUUCCCGAGCUCUACCAUAAAAUAGGUGUGGGUGUUGUAUCUUGGUCUCCUUUGGCCUGUGGAAUCAUCACUGGAAAGUAUGAGAAUGGCAUCCCAGAAUCCUCCAGGGCUGCCAUGAAGCCAUAUCAGUGGUUAAGGGAGAAGAUAACAAGUGAGGAUGGAAGAAAACAACAAUCCAAGCUAAAAGAACUGACUCAUAUUUCAGAAAAACUAGGAUGCACCUUGCCACAGUUAGCCAUAGCCUGGUGCUUGAGAAACGAGGGAGUCAGCUCAGUGCUCUUAGGGGCCUCCAAUCCCACUCAGCUGACAGAAAACCUAGGAGCCAUUCAGGUAAUUCCAAAGAUUUCAGCAGGUAUUGCCUCUGAAAUGGACCAUAUUCUGGGAAACCGUCCACACAGUAAAAGGGAUUACCACCAUUAGGAUGGACACUCUCUACUAAACUACACUCAUAAGGCUUUUCAAAGCUCACUUUUCACAGCCAUGGCACCAUAAGUGCGUGCCCACGACUGCGUGUAUCUGUGGAGGACUGUGCGAUUGUACUUGGCUCUUUCAACUCAUAACUGUGAAGUGGGCUACAUGACGACAAAGCGUGCAUGCAAAAGCAGCCAGAAAUCGAACUGAACGUGAUUUGGAGGAUCCAUCGAGACAAUUCCCUGCUUUUAAAAAAAGAAAAACUCAUCUGCAGUAAACUCUGCAGAGGUGCUGAACCAAAUAGUGCUGGGAAAGUAAUAGUAUUAGUUGUAUACUCUGUUAGAAUGGCUGUAAAUGCAUGUAGAGAAAACUUAAGAAAAAUCUAUUACCUCUAAGCAUCCAGUUAACUAUGGCAAAGAAAAUAUGUAUUAAAACGGACCUACGGCUAGAGAAAUCUAUUUUACUUAAUGUAUGUAUUGUAAAAAUAGUUAAAAAUCGUGAUUAGUAAUGAUAUGUAUUUCAGCAGUAUGGACGAACAUUCCCCCUGCAGCUGGAGCUUGCUUGUCCAUGUUAUUGCUUCAGAACUUGAAAAUUUAAAUGUUGCCAAACGUUGUUUUUGCAAUUGAUCCAAUGAA